CACGCCUCUAUUAUCGAUGGCAUUCGAUUGUGCCGUGCCAGGAGGUUCCGCUACAAACACAUGGAUCUGAAUGACCUGGAAGAAAAGCUGAAAGAAUCACAGUCCUCUCGUCUGAGGUUGGUGGUCACAGACGGCGUGUUCUCCAUGGAUGGUGAUGUGGCUCCUCUGCAGGGUAUCUGUGAUCUGGCUGAGCAGUACGGUGCCUUGGUCUUCAUUGAUGAAUGUCAUGCCACUGGAUUCUUGGGUCCCCGUGGUCGAGGAACAGAUGAGUUGCUGGGAGUGAUGGACAGGGUUCACAUUGUGAAUUCCACUCUGGGAAAAGCACUAGGAGGAGCUGCUGGUGGUUACACUGUCGGACCCAAGGCUUUGAUUGAGCUUCUGAGACAGCGGUCUCGUCCGUACCUCUUCUCGAACUCCCUCCCUCCUCCUGUGGUGGGCUGUGCCACCCAUGCUGUGGAACUGCUGCUGGCGUCCAAUGAAAUCGCUCAGUCCAUGGCAGCUAAAACCAUGAGGUUCAGAAACAACAUGACCCAGGCAGGGUUCACCAUUUCUGGCACAGCUCAUCCUAUCUGUCCUGUGAUGCUGGGAGACGCUCGUCUGGCUUCACUUAUGGCUGACGACAUGCUAAAACUAGGAGUGUAUGUGAUCGGUUUCUCCUACCCAGUCGUUCCCAAAGGAAAAGCCCGCAUUCGAGUCCAGAUCUCUGCAGCUCACACUGACGAGGACAUUGAUCGUUCCGUAGAUGCCUUCAUACAGACCGGCAGGAAGCAUGGUGUCAUUUCCUAAUGUCAGCAACACAAGAGUGAGGUUUAAGUUACAUAUCAUAGCAAAAAAAAAUGCUACUGCGAUCAGCGAAGGUCAAAGGAUAU